AUGGGCGCCAAGUUGCGCUCGGGCUUCUACUUGGGCAAGAAGUCCGGCGUGCUGCUGGCGCUGCUGCUGGCCGCCCUGCUCCUGGCGCUGCUCGUGCUGGGGAUCCUGUACGGACGCUGCGCGCACGAGCUGCAGGGCGCCGGAGCGGGCCCCUCGCCGCCCGGCGCCAACGCCAGCACGAGCGCCGAGCCUCCCACGCGGCCGCCGGGGCCGUGGGACCACUGGCGCCUGCCCGCCGCCUUGGCGCCUUUGCACUACUCGCUGCUGCUGUGGCCCCACCUGGCGCCCGGCCUGCCCGAGCCGCGCACGCACUCGGGCCGGGUCAGCAUCACGGUGCGCUGCCGCCAGGACACGGCCACGGUGCUCCUGCACAGCGCCCACCUCACCUACCAGAGCGCCGCCGUCUGGGGCCCGGGCGCCAAUGGCAGCAGCCGCGGCACUCGCGGCCGCCGCAUCCCCGUGGCCGAGCUGUGGGAAGCGCCGUCGAACCAGUACGUGGUGCUGGAGCUGCGCGAGAAGCUGAGCGCGGGCGCCCUCUAUGAGCUGCAGCUCGCCUUCUGCGGGAGAAUCCACACGGGUCCGGAUAUCAGCGGGCUCUUCCGUAACACGUAUCGGGACGAAGGAGAGAGCAGGUGGCUGAUUGCAUCACAACUAGAACCAACAGCUGCAAGGACUGUUUACCCAUGCUUUGAUGAGCCUGCUAUGAAAGCCACCUUUAACAUCAGUAUUGUUCACCAUCCAAGCUAUAUAGCCCUUUCCAACAUGCCUGCUAUAGAUGUAUCCGAGUAUAAAGAUGAGAAUGAGAACACAUUGAGUGAAUUGACAAAUGGGACUACACCGAUGAACUGGACUGUCACAACAUAUGAAACAACACCAAAAAUGUCCACAUACAUCACUGCUUUUGUGGUCUGUAACUUUGAUUAUGUCACCACAACCGAGAGGGGCAAAGAGAUUCGCAUUUGGGCUACGAAGGAUGCAGUUCAAAAGGGAUUUGUUAACUAUGCACUAAAUAUCACUGGACCAAUCUUUUCAUUUCUAGAAGACUUGCUUAACAUUAGCUACAGUCUUUCAAAAACAGAUCUGAUCGCACUACCUGACACAGACAAUUCUGCUAUGGAAAACUGGGGGCUAAUAACUUUCCAGGAACAUUCCUUAUUGUAUUACCCAGAAGAUAAAUUCACAAACAAGAAAGAAAAGAUCCUUCAAAUUGUUUCCCAUGAGAUAGCACAUCAGUGGUUUGGGAACCUAGUUACCAUGGCAUGGUGGAACGACUUAUGGCUUAAUGAGGGAUUUGCAUCUUACUUUCAGUAUGUAGGUGCACACUACAUUGAACCCACAGUAUCCCUGGACCAAGUCUUUAGCUCUAAGGUUGUGUUACCUAUGUUGACAUGGGAUUAUAAUCUAUGUCAGUCCUUAUCGGACACAAAUGAAGAUCGUCGAACAGCUACGUUAUUAGAUCUGUUUGCACAAGUAACAUACACAAAGGGGGCUGCCAUCGUCCGGAUGCUUUCCAGCUUUAUGACAGAAAGACUGUUUAUAAAAGCACUCAAUUCUUAUCUGAAUGCAUUUUCCUUUUCAAAUGCUGUCCAGGAUGAUCUUUGGAAUCACAUUCAAAAGGUAAUAGAUGAACAGAAUGACCUCCAGUUACCGGCUCCAGUAAAAGUUAUAAUGGACUCCUGGACCUGCCAAAAGGGCUUCCCAUUCCUAACCGUAAAUUUCUCCACUGGGAACAUCAGUCAGGAAAAGUUUUAUCCUGAAAAAGGAAUAAACAAUACAAACAAGUCAUGGAUGAUUCCUAUUUCUUGGAUAAAAAAUGGAGUAAUACAACCUUUAGUAUGGCUUGAUAAAGGCAGCAAAGUAUUCCCUGAAAUGAAAAUAUCAGAUUCCGAACAUGACUGGAUUAUUUUAAAUGUGAAUGUGACUGGUUAUUACAGAAUUAAUUAUGACCAAAUGCAUUGGAGGAGAUUGGCCAAAGUGCUUGAAAGUGACCCAAAGGUGAUUCCUGUUGUCAACAGGUUACACUUGAUGACAGAAGCCUUCCGACUGAGAGGGUAUAAUUACACUGAGUAUGGUACUCCAUUGUAUUUAACAAAGUACCUUGAAAAAGAAGACGAUAUCUCAGUGUGGACAGAGGCCCUGCAUUUUCUAGAAGUUGACAACUGGGAGCUUAUUCUGAGCGAUUAUGAAUUAUAUCCAGUUUUAAAGGAAUAUUUCUUACCACGAAUUUUGCCAAUAUACCAUCAUUAUGCAUAUCUCCUUCAUCAAAGUUUUGACCUUUUGAGAUAUGGCUGUUCUACUAGAUCUGGCAUAGAAAUAAUAAUUAAAACAGCAUGUUGGUUUGGACUCCGUGCCUGUUUAGACCUGUCUUCUGAAAUGUUCAGCAAGUGGAUGAACAAUCCCAGUCCUGAGGCUCCCUUUUGUCUUAGCACAACCAUUUGUUGCUAUGGUGUUCAGAUGGGUAGUGAUAAAGAGUGGGACUUUGCAUGGAAAAUGUUCAAGCAGAAUGAUACCAAACAAAAGUAUUCUAUAUUCUCUGCCCUGAGCUGUACACGUGAGCCGUGGUUACUUCAAAGAUUCUUGCAGUACAUCCUCAACGAUAGUGUAAUUCCAUCAUAUCUGGUAACCAAAGCGAUUAAAGAUGUAGCCAGCAGUGAGAUUGGUCACCGGAUAGCAUGGAAAUUUGUAACAGAAAAUUGGUCGCAUUUGUAUAAUAGGAGUGGGUUUCAAGCAUUAACAGCUUUCAUGUCAACUUUCAGUACAGACUUAGAAGUCCAAAUGAUCCAGGUUUUUCUUAACAAUACUCUUGAACCGGAACUAAGAAGAAUUCCUAUUGAUGAGUUGCAAUCAGAAAAAUCUAACAAUGAAAAAAGAAAACAAUCAGUGACUAAAAUGAUCAAGUGGCUAAAGAAAAAUAUGGAUAGCUGACAUUUGAGAACUCUUUCAAAUAUCUUGUUUUUGGUAGUGGAUUGGUGGCACUAU